UCUCUCCUGUUUAACGUCGCGGAAUCAGUCGUGGUUUAUCAGCCAAACCGGUUAAGUCUGAGAGAGUGAAGUGCAGAUGAUUAAAAGCCGUGUACUUCCUCCUCCUUUUCCUCGUUCAUUCGUAAUCUCGAUCUUAUCCUUAAUAUCCAUCCUAAAUCUUAUUCGAUCAUAACGAAACUACGACUCGAUUGGGACUUUUUCAAAUCCGAUACGACUAUCUUUUCUUUCAUUUUUCAUAAUAUUGAUCGGCCGAUGAAUUUUCAUAAAGAGUUUCAAUAUUUAAACAUUAUUAAUUAAUUAUAAUUCGAUUAAGAAAGAACGAAAAAGAAAAGGGAAGAAAGAAGAUAUCUCGACGAAUUAGAAGAAUCUUCUAAUCAAAAAAUAUCAAAGAAGAUACGUCUAAGACAGGGAAAAGGAUCGAUACGUUCAAAGAGAAGACUUAUUUCAAAAAUGGCAGACAGGAUAUACCAUCCGAAUCGUGAGCUGGCGCGAAAUGCUUACUGUUCGAGUAUGGAACAAUACAGGCAGAUGCAUAACAACUCCGUGAAGAAUCCAGUUAAGUUCUGGAGCGAAAUCGCGAACAAAUUUUAUUGGGAAACACCGGCGACGGAUGACAAGUUUUUUUCUUACAAUUUCGACGUGUCCAAGGGCGAAAUAUUUAUUAAAUGGAUGGAAGGCGCCAAAACCAAUAUCAGUUUCAACCUACUCGAUAAGAACGUAAACGAUAACAAAGGCGAUGAAAUAGCAUUUCAUUGGGAAGGUAACGAUCCAAACGACCAUUCGAAAAUAUCCUAUAGAAAAUUGCUAGCGAAAGUAUGCAAAUUUGCGAACGUACUGAGGUCGAAGGGAGUGACCAAGGGCGACAGAGUGGUCAUUUAUAUGCCAAUGAUUCUCGAGCUUCCUAUCGCGAUGUUGGCUUGCACAAGAAUCGGUGCGGUUCACUGCGUAGUCUUCGCAGGAUACUCGUCCGAUGCCUUGGCAGAACGUAUAUUAGAUGCCAAAGCAAAGAUUCUCAUAACUGUUAAUCUAGCCAAGAGAGGAGAAAAAUUAUUGUUUCCUAAAUAUAUUUGCGAUAGCGCUAUAGAAAAAGUUGCAUCGCAUGGUCACAAUAUUGAGACAUGUAUAGUUGUUUCUCAUUCGACCAGACUGAGCAACAAACGUUCUGGUUUGGACGAAAAUGGCACUGGAUCCUGGAAUUCCGAACGUGACUGUUGCUGGCACGUAGAAAUGGAGAAAGUGGAAAGUAAAUGCGAGCCAGUGUGGAUGGACGCGGAAGAUCCACUUUUCAUUCUCUAUACCAGCGGUUCUACUGGUAAACCAAAAGGAGUCCUUCAUACAAUGGCAGGUUACUUGAUUUACGCGGCAACAACAUUCAAGUAUGUUUUCGAUUAUCAUCCUGGAGAUAUCUAUUGGUGUACCGCAGAUAUCGGUUGGAUUACUGGCCACACUUACGUCGUUUAUGGCCCAUUGGCUAAUGGUGCAACCUCGGUCCUGUUCGAGGGUACACCGUUUUAUCCCGAAAACGAUCGAUAUUGGGCGAUCGUAGACAAAUACAAGGUCACUCAAUUUUAUACGUCUCCAACCGCGAUCAGAUCGCUCAUAAAAUUUGGGGACGAGUUCGUAAAGAAGCAUAAUUUGUCUAGUUUGAAGGUUCUCGGCUCGGUCGGCGAGCCGAUAAAUUCCGAAGCUUGGUUGUGGUUAUACAACUUAGUUGGUCAUGGCAACUGUAGUAUCGUAGAUACAUUCUGGCAAACGGAAACUGGUGGUCAUGUCAUCACGCCAUUACCAGGUGCGACCCCAAUGAAGCCAGGAUCAGCGGCCUUUCCCUUCUUUGGAGUGCUACCAGAAUUAUUGGAUGAAGAUGGUCACGUGAUCGAGGGCGAAGGAGAAGGAUAUCUCGUUUUUCGACAGCCUUGGCCAGGCAUGAUGAGAACUCUCUUUGGGAAUCAUCAACGUUUUCAAAAUACCUACUUCGGCAGAUUUCACGGAUAUUAUUGCACGGGCGAUGGUGCCAGACGAGACGCCGACGGUUACCUAUGGGUAACUGGCCGUAUCGAUGACAUGUUGAAUGUUUCUGGACAUCUCAUGUCUACGGCAGAAGUAGAAAGCGUUUUAGCAGGUCAUCCAUCGAUUGCCGAAGCCGCGGUAGUUAGUAAAACUCAUCCUGUGAAAGGCCAAUGUCUUUAUUGUUUUAUUACACCUAACGAAGGCGUCAAAUUUGAAAAGAAAUUGCAAGAUGAACUCAAGCAAAGAGUGCGAGAAAAGAUUGGACCUUUCGCCCAACCGGAUGUCAUUCAGCAUGCACCUGGUUUGCCAAAGACGAGGUCAGGUAAAAUUAUGAGGCGUAUAUUGAGAAAGGUCGCGGCUGGUGAUAAAAAUGUCGGUGACGUAUCAACUCUGGCCGACGAGGCUAUUGUUGAUCUUCUUUUCCAACUUAGGCCACAAGUUUAAAGGAAUCAAAAAUGAUAUAUAUAUAUAUAUAUAUAUAU